GUUUGCCGUGUGUUUUGCUUACCGUUGCCAAGGAGCCGUUUCCGGCGAACGGCCGACUGCCGGUAACGGUGCUUCGUUGCACGGUGGCAAAGCUCAAGUUAUUCAUUUAUUGACUAUGAGGUGAUAGUACAAUUUAUGGAUCAUGGGGGACAACUUGACGUAUGAAGCUGAACUAAAUGGUUUGAUAAAGGAGUAUUUAAAGUUUGCAGCUUUUGAAGAAACAGUGAAUGCGUUUGAUGAGGAAUGCAAGAACAAGGGAAAGACCAUCCCAAAAUCACCAGUGAGUGCUGGCCAAAAUUCAAAGACAUUGCUCAUUCAGAAAAAUUUACUUGAAGCAUUUGAUGAAGGAAAUAGAAAGGCAUUCUUCAAACUUUGGGAGCAGUACAUUUCACCUCAUGCUGGAGAAAAUAAUCAGCUGCUUAGAAAGCUGGAGUUUCACCUUCAUGUUCAUUUUGCCAUUUAUCCUUUGAAGAAUACUCGUGGAAAACCUGACAAAGAUGAUUUGGAAGAAAGAACUUCUCAUUUCAAAACAUACCUGGAAACUAGAGGUGCAGCAUUAAGUCAGACAACAGAGUUUUUGCCCUUUUAUGCACUGCCAUUUGUCCCUAAUCCCACAGUACACCCAUCUUUUAAGGAGCUUUUUCAGGAUUCUUGGAUCCCUGAUUUGAAGAUAAAAUUGCAAAAAUUUUUGUCUGCAAGUUUAAAUGUCCCCAGUGCCCCAAGGCUGCUGUCUAUAUUUAAAGAAAACGGACACGAGUACAAAGCAGAAUUGGUGCAUCAACUCCAGCAACAGUUAACAGAGACCCAGCAGAAAGCAGCAACAUACAUGAAAAGAUACAACAAGUUACAAGCGGAUUACCAUAACCUGAUUGGAGUCACUGCAGAACUAGUUGAUUCCUUAGAAGCUACAGUAAAUGGGAAAAUGAUCACCCCAGAGUACCUUCAGAGUGUAUGUGUUCGAUUGUUCAGCAAACAAAUGAGACAAAACAUGGCCCAAAGUAUUGACUUCACAAGGCCAGGCACAGAUGUUUACAUUAAGAGUCCUUGUAACAGUGAAGGAUCUGCAUCAUCAAUGCUGAGGGCAUCCAUAGUUCCUACUAUGAAUUCUAAUGAUGUACCUUUAUUAGCAUCUCUUGAUUAUGAAAAGUUGAAGAAUGAUUUAAUUUGUGGAAAUGAUCGACUUAAGGCACUUCUUCUGCAAGCACUCCGUUGGCGGCUGACACAGUCUCAACCUGGAGAACAAAGAGAUACAGUCCUUCAGGCUUACAUUAAUAAUGAUCUGCUGGAAUGUCACAAAAAGUACCAGAAAAGUGUAAUAAAUUUGUUAAAUUCAAAGAGUGAGAUUGUCCGACAGUAUACAGCACGACUAAUCAAUGGUUUUGCCUCGCUAUCUCAUGGCCGAACAUAUUUGGCUCAGAACAUGGUAUUACUGAAGAUACUGGAAAAAACACUAGAGACUGAGGAAGAGGAUUCAAUAACUAGAGAAAAUGUAUUAGGGGCUCUACAGAAACUUAGCCUCAGACGAAAACUGCAAUCGGCUAUGAUUAGAGAUGACAUUAUUUUCUGGCUGACAAGAGUUCUGGAGGAUUCUGAUUCUUUGUCGGAUUACACUUUGGAAUAUUCUGUUGCGUUGUUCAUGAACCUCUGCCUUCGGACCCAAGGUAAACGGAAAUGUGUAGAAGAUGGCAAACGAGUAUUGAAGGUGUUGUCUGAUCUUUUGGGCCAUGAUAAUUAUGAGAUAAGGCCAUAUGUGAAUGGGGCCUUGUACAGCAUUCUUGCCAUCCCUUCAUUACGUGAGGAGGCAAAAGCAAUGGGUAUGGAAGAAAUUCUACGGUGCUUUAUCAAAGAGGGGAAUUCAGAGAUGAACAGACAACUUGAGUUUAUUAUAAAGCAACUUAAUUCAGAGGAGAUGCUUGAAGAUUCAGAUUCCGAUGAUGAAGGGGAAGAUGAUGAUGAUGAUGAAGAUGAUCCUGAUGCAAUGGAAGCUGACUUGGACAAGGCUGAAAUAUUAAAACCUCAACCUGGAGAAUUAUCAGGAGAAAAGCUACUAACGGCUGAGUACCUUGGGAUAAUGACGAAUACAUUGAAGGCAAGAAGGAGGCCCGUACCAUCUUUGAAAGAAAGUAUUGAUGAGCCCCUCCAGCGACCAGUCACACCGAGCACGCACAGGUUGGGAACUGCUCUGGAAAAACAUGAAAGUAGAAGCCCUAGUACGGAGAGCAACCUGUAUUCACAGCAAAGCUCUCGACCACCUACUCGAAGUGGGAGCAGAACAAGUGAUUCUGAGUUUGGAGCUUCACCAGUUCAUUUUGAUCACAAUUCUUCAAUUGAUAAUUAUGAUCGUGAGCUUCUACCGGCUUCAAGUUCUUUCGACAUGGGGGCAUCUGAGAAAUUAAACAGAAGAUCUAUCGGGCAAAAUGAUUAUAUGGCUGCAUUCAACAGUAGGCCCAAGAUCCCAAGGACUCCAGAUAUAUCUACAAGUCCACGGAAAGUCAAAACUCAAACAAUUGCCCCUCAGUUUUCCCAGUCUGGCCCUCAACAAACAAGUCGUCCAAGUUCUGCUGGGUCGUCUAAUAGAAGCAGACAGAACCAGAAGCAAAUUACGAUAGCCAAUUAAUGUAUCAAUCUGGAUGUGGGAGGCAACUGGAGUAUCUGGAAAACCUACAUGGUCAUAGGGAGAACAUGUAAACUCUGACAACACCAGGGGUAAGGAUUCAGCCAAGUGUAAGGCAGCAGUUCUGCCAGCUGCACCAUUGUGAUAUUUAUCUUGUGGACAGGGUGAUGGACAGUGUAUAAUUUCAGGAUUGGGAAAGAGAUAAAUGGAAAAUAAGUUGCCAGUGGGCCAGAAUAAAAAGGAUGAUGUUCAGUUUGCCAAGGCGAGUCUGCUGUUAAAGCAAUCAAGUUGAUAGGUGAAUUGGGGAAGACAGAUAAAGAAAAACAAAGGGACAGGUAAAAACUGUAGAGUGCAGCUCAGAGCUGUUGAAACACGAGACCAAAAGCAAAAUGAUGGAAAAGCUGGUCAGUGUGUGGAAAGAAAAAUUAAGUUAUUAUUACACUGAUGUUUAACCUCAUAGUAGGAACGAAUAAUGCAGAGACAUUGAAACAAAUUACAGGUAUAUGGAAUUCAUGUCGAUACCGAUUCCCAAUUGGAAGAUGUGGUGCCUUACCUCAAGCAAACAUUAGGGCAGUACAGAAAGCUGUGGAUGGAUUGGUCAGAAGAGGAAUGAGUUACAGAAUUAAAGUGACAGCAGAAUCAACUCACACCAGGCCCUAUUCACAGCAGAAAGGGUUAUAGAAAUAAUGCAGAUAACUUUCAACUAUACUGUACAACUCUUUCUUAUGAUGGAAUUAUAUGUUUGUUUCCGAUGUUGGGGAAGUCCAGAACGAGGGGUCACAAUUUAAGGAUAAUGGGGAAGCCUUUUAGGACCAAGAUGAGGAAAAACUUCUUCACACAGAGAAUGGUGAAUCUGUGGAAUUCUCUGCCACAGGAAACAGUUGAGGUCAGUUCAUUGGCUAUAUUUAAGAGGAAGUUAGAUAUGGCCCUUGUGGCUAAAGGGAUCGGGGGUAUGGAGAGAAAGCAGGUACAGGGUUCUGAGUUGGAUGAUCAGCCAUGAUCAUACUGAAUGGCGGUGCAGGCUCAAAGGGCCGAAUGGCCUUACUCCUGCACCUAUUUUCUAUGUUUCUAUGUUUCCACAUGACACAGUACAAAAACUAGACUGAAAUACGUAAAAAAAACAACACAGAGAAAGCUACACUAGACUACACUAGACUACCUACACUGCACUGCAUAAAGUGCGCAAAAAACAGUGCAGGCAUUACAAUAAAUAAUAAACAGGACAAUAGGGCAGUAAGGUGUCAGUCCAGGAUUCAGAUUUUGUGGAGUCUGAUAGCUUGGGGGAAGAAACUGUUACGUAGUCUGGUCGUGAGAGCCCGAAUGCUUCAGAGCCUUUUACCAGACGGCAGGAGGGAGAAGAGAUUGUAUGAGGGGUGCAUGGGGUCCUUCAUAAUGCUGUUUCCUUUUCGGAUGCAGAGUGUAGUGUAAGUGUCCGUGAUGGUGGGAAGAGAGACCCCGAUGAUCUUCUCAGCUGACCUCACUAUCCGCUGCAGGGUAAUUAAUUAACAUUAAUGGUUCAAUUCAAGUUACCCAAAGGGGCUUUUAAAAAAAAACAGCUUAGAUAAAGGUAAUGAUCUUCAUUGUCAGUAUGGUAUUCAUUGAAAACAAAAAUAAAGUGUUAUUUUAUUGGGAAGUAGUAUUAAUAUUUCUACAAAGUUAGAAACAAUCCUUCCCUAAUUGCCUACACCGUGCUG